AAAAAAAAAAAACCGUGUUUAGUAUCUUUGCAGAGUGAUAUUUACUAAAUACAUUAGGAUGUCGAAAUCGUCGAAUAAAAAGUCUGAGGAUCUGCAGUCGUUCCUGAACAAUUUCCACAAGGAAAUAGAAGACGGCAACGACGACAAAGUUGUGCAUAAGAUUUUAAAAUCAAUCAGAGCAGAGGACGGAGUUGCCGAGGACGAUGAUGAUUAUAUUGUUGAAGUCUCUGAGGAAGAACAGGCAGAAAACGAUGACGACUACAAUCCAAGUGAAGAGGAGGACGAUGAGGAUAAAUACUUCAUUGACGAUGACGGAAACUGCUAUGUCAAAACUACGCCCAAAAAGCAGAAAGAGCUGCAGGAGAAACUCAAGAACUCAGCUACAAAGCCUGACAAGACCACCCGCUCAGGAGCUAGUAAGCCGUCCAACAAAGUCAUCAAUUUACGUCCUGCCCAAUCUUCCCCGAAAAUGGUCACAAGAUCCGCAGCAGAGUCAAGACCAAUCAGUGUUCGAGCAACGAGUGCAGUAGCAGCAGCUGCUAUUCCAAAGCUGCCAGCAAAGACAUUUGCUAACACUGCCAGGGGCAGGCCCAAAAAGUCACAAAAGGUUCCCUCACCGAAGCUCGAGCCGAAGUCCGAGCUUAAGUCCGAGCCCCUCGACAUCGAGCGGGAGAUCGAGGAACUGGUGGCUGACGAAGAUGUUGAAGCUGCCGUAGCCGAUAUUACCGGAAAUUCAGAGUACACCAUUGAUAAUGCUGCCGUCGAAGCCCUGGACAAUGUGGCUGACGGCGAGGUCUAUGAGUUCGAUGACAACCCACCAGAAGAGUCCAAGCAGGAGCUGAAGAUCACAUCCAGGCAGUUCUUACUGAAGCCUGUGCCAACUGUGGAGAAAAAAACAGCCAAGGUGAAUCAAUUCAACUGCUCCCAGUGCGCCUACACGACCAACAAGAAGUUUCUCAUCACGCGCCACAACAAAACACACGAGACUGACUUUUCCUACAAGUGCUCCAUAUGCGAUAGAGGAUUCAAGUCGAAUGUGGGAUUGGUGAACCAUGUGAACACCCAUUUGGGGAAUAAGCCGCACAAAUGCAAGCACUGCGAGAGCGCCUUUGUCACCAGUGGCGAGCUGAUAAGACACACCAGAUACAAGCACACCAAGGAGAAGCCGCACAAAUGCACGGAGUGCAGCUACGCCUCUGUGGAGCUGACCAAGCUAAGACGCCACAUGACCUGUCAUACAGGAGAGCGGCCGUACCAGUGUCCCCACUGCACUUAUGCCUCGCAGGACAUGUUCAAGCUGAAGCGUCAUCUCGUUGUCCACACGGGGGAGAAGAGGUAUCAGUGCGAUAUUUGCAAGUCCCGGUUCACGCAGUCCAAUUCCCUGAAGGCGCACAAACUCAUCCACAGCGUCGUGGAUAAGCCCGUGUUCCAGUGCAGCCACUGCCCUACCACCUGUGGCCGCAAGGCGGACUUGCGCCUUCACGUCAUGCAUAUGCAUACGGCAGAUAAACCGAUACCCUGCAAGCGCUGUGGCCAAAAUCUACCAGAUCGCUACCAGUAUAAGUUGCACAUAAAGACCCACGAGGGCGAGAGAUGCUAUCGUUGCAAGCUAUGCGAGUACGCCUCUGUUUCCCAGCGGCAUUUGGACUCUCACAUGCUCGUCCACUUGGAUGCGAAGCCCUUCAAGUGUGAAGUAUGCCCGCAGGCCUUCCGUCAGCGCCAGCUGCUGCGUCGCCACAUGAAUCUGGUGCACAACGAGGAAUACACGAGGCCCGAGCCGCGCGAGAAAAUGCACAGCUGCCCGGAGUGUCCGCGGAUUUUUACCCACAAGGGAAAUUUGAUACGGCACAUGGAGAUCCAUGACGAGACGAAGAAUGCUCGCGAGGAGCGGCUCAAAUUGAAAAUGGGUCGCAAUAUUCGUCUGCAGCCUGAUGGCAGCAUCGUGACCCUGGUCAACGAAAGUGACUUUGACAGAGGACUCAUUGACAUGGAUGACGACGACGAGGAGAACUUUGAACUGGCCGACGUGGAGCCGGACAACUACGAGGAUGAAAUUCUAGAGGCCAUGGGCACCCCUACAGCGAAAUCAAAAAAAAGUCCGGUCAUUAUCAACACACAACCCAGAAAGAGCUCCAUCAAUCAGCCCGUUAUCAUUAACCGCCGCCUCAGGGCCAAAGGCGGCACCAAGACAUUCCACAUUAAGGAAGAGCCAAACACCUCAGAGUUCACGGUUGAACUGCAGGGUGAUGAUGGCCAGGUCAUGGUCGUAGAACUGGUUAAUGGCGACGAGGAGGUGGUAGUCAAACGCGAGCCCAAAGGCUCUAAGAUCAAUGCUGCCAACUGCUUUGGCUUUGAGGACGAUGACGCCGAAUACGCGGAUUACGGAGAGCAAGACUCCGAAAUGGAUGGAACUUCACAGGAGUUUCUACAGCUAAUGGAUAUGAUCGAGCAAGAUGCUUAGUCUUUUACAGGAUAGAUGUAAAUGAUUAUGAAUUUAGCAUAGUAUGUAAUACAAGGUUUACCGAAAUACGUACACACGUAGAGCACUUUGUAUGUACAUUAUGGAAUAAAUUACUUGUUUUCUUUAAAAAA